UGAGUCCUUAACAAGCUAUAACUGCAGCCACAAAUAUCUCUCAACGAGAAACAUCCUCAUGAUGUUGACACUGCAAUUUUUUGACAAUUUCCCAACACUCUUAAGAAACGUUCCCCAAUCUCACACGAAAAGUGGGGGUUUUCAUUUUCUUCUUCAACUUAUGAAGAUAAAUUGGGGAAGAUAAGACGACACUGGGGAAACCACAACUUGAUGCUGUGUGAGCUUUCUCAGCUACCUGCAGGAGCCACCAUGUCUUGGGUCCUGCUGUCUGCACUCUGGCUCAUUGUCCAAACUCAAGCAAUAGCCAUAAAGCAGACACCUGAAUUAAUUCUCCAUGAAAUAGUUUCUCCUAAGAAACUACACAUUUUACAUAAAAGAGAGAUUGAGAACAACCAUACAGAGAAGCAUGGCGAAGAGGAAAGAUAUGAUCAUGAAGUUCAAUAUCAGAUGAUCUUAAAUGGAAAAGAAGUCAUUCUCUCCCUACAAAAAACCAAGCAUCUCCUGGGGCCAGACUACACUGAAACAUUUUACUCACCCAGAGGAGAGGAAAUCACCACGAAGCCUGAGAACAUGGAACACUGUUACUAUAAAGGAAGCAUCCUAAAUGAAAAGAAUUCUGUUGCCAGCAUUAGUACCUGCAAUGGGUUGAGAGGAUACUUCACACAUCACCAUCAAACAUACCUGAUAAAACCUCUGAAAAGCACAGACGAGAAAGAACAUGCCGUCUUUACAUCUAACCAGGAAGAACGAGACCCAGCUAACCACACGUGUGCCAGUGUGAGAAGCACUGGCAGGGAACAAGGCCCAGUUCGAACGUCUAGAUCCCUUAAAAGCCCAGAGCAAGAAGACUUUCUUCGGGCACAGAAAUACAUUGAUCUGUAUUUGGUGCUGGAUAAUGCCUUUUAUAAGAGCUAUAAGGAGAAUCUAACUCUCAUAAGAAGCUUUGUGUUUGAUGUGAUGAACCUACUCAAUGUGAUUUAUAACACCAUAGAUGUUCAUGUGGCCUUGGUAGGUAUGGAAAUCUGGUCUGAUGGGGAUAAGAUAAAUGUGGUGCCUACCACAGGCACCACAUUUAACAACUUCCUGAUAUGGCACCGUUCCAACCUGGGGAAGAAGAAGAUCCACGACCAUGCUCAGCUCCUCAGUGGGAUUGGCUUCAGCAAUCAACGUGUGGGAAUGGCAGCCUCAAAUUCCCUGUGUUCCCCAUCUUCGGUUGCUGUUAUUGAGGCUAAAAGAAAGAAUAACGUGGCCCUUGUAGGAGUGAUGUCACAUGAGCUGGGCCAUGUCCUUGGUAUGCUUGAUGUUCCAUUCACCACCAAGUGUCCCUCCGGCAGUUGUGUGAUGAAUCAGUAUCUGAGUUCAAAAUUCCCAAAGGAUUUCAGUGCAUCUUGCCGCUCACGUUUUGAAAGAUACCUUUUAUCUCAGAAACCAAAGUGCCUGCUGAGAGCACCUAUUCCUACAAAUAUAAUGACAAUACCAGUGUGUGGGAACUACCUUCUGGAAGUGGGAGAAGACUGUGACUGUGGCUCCCCCAAGGAAUGCACCAAUCCCUGCUGCGAAGCCCUGACCUGUAAACUGAAGUCUGGACCUGAUUGUGAAGGAGACACUUCAAACCAUACCAUAGAGUGAAUCAAAAAGUCUACUUCACUGAGAUGCUACCUUGCCAGGAUGAGGACCAAGCUCUCUCACUGUGCAGGAAUCUUGUGAAUUUUCACCUUUGUAUUUCGACAUACUGGUCUUUCACUUGCCAUUCUACUUUCUAUAUUGUUAUCGGUUCAGGAAACAGGUAAAUAGAUGUACUUAGAGACCUUGCCUGUUUGUUUAGGCCUAAUCUUUCAUGUUUUGUUUAAAGAUCAUGAAGUUUGGACUUUGUUCUGCUCUUUGGGGAGCAAAAGAAAGUAGCCUUUGAUCUAAGCACCUUAAAACGCACUGCUGAAUUAUUCAGUUAAUCCAGAAUUUUUAAAUUACAAGUAUUGUGCUUUAACAUUUCUUUCAUUUUACUAGUAUGGCCUAUAAAAAGAAAUACCGUUUGAUGGGUGAAGGCUUUGGCAAUAGAAAGAACAGAAUUCAGGUUUUAUCUUAUUCCCCUAUGUUCACCUUGCCUUUUGCUUGAAAGUGUAGUAUAUUUCUAUGUCAUAUGAAGAAUGAUUAAAUGUAAACAUUUUUUAUUUUAUCAUGUAUAAUCUUAUAUACACUUCCUUUCACCAUCAUAUAUGAAGUUUAUUUUGAGAAGUCUACAUUUCUUACCAUUUAAUCGAGCCAGCAAAGAAGGCUUAAUGAUUUAAUGAAAUGCAAUGUCAAUAAAAGCACUUUUGAGGA